UUUUUGCCUUACUGUCAACCACUUUGGCAUUGCUCUCUCAGAAAAUGCAACACAAAAAGAAAUAACAGGUGUAAAUAAGAUCUCUCUCCUUUCUCUCUCUCACAAGAUUUUAGGGUUUUUCUUUCUCUCUCUGAAUCCAUAAGUCCCCGAUUCAGAUUCCUACACUACUCUUCUUCCCCAGCUCCGCUCUCUCAAGCUAUUGAGCUAAAAAGCACCAAAUUUUGACAACCAAUUUCAAUUGAGUUUUUUUUCCCCUUUCUCUCACUUCCUUUUUGGUGGUUGCGGAUUUUAGUGAAAAUUUCCAUUUGCUACUUGUUUGGUUUGAUUUGGUGAAGCUUCGGUGGAGAGCAGAAAAUAAUGAAGAUUUGUAUUAAUAUGAGUCCAGGUUGAUUUUGAAUUAAAGACAUUUUCAUUUGAUAAAUCCGACGACAAAGAUCAUGAGAUCAUUCAUAUACUAAAAAAGAUGAAAAAAAGAUCAUCAAUUCUUGAUUGCGCCAUGUGCCUUUGAGCUUAUUGUAGCAGUCUCAGUUGAGUAAGAUUUGAAUUUUAAACUCCAAUGUUGUAAAUUUUUUUGGGGAUUAGAGUUUAAAGUUAGAAACUUUGUAGGAUUGGGAUGGGGGAUUCAGUUAGUGAUAAAUGUAAUGGUAAAGAUAGGAUUCUAAAUUUGAUAGCUGCAAGAAAGUCAUUGAAGCUAAGCUUGGACAAAUCAAAAGCUUUAGGCUCUUCUCUUGAGAAAGCAGGGCCUAGAUUAGAUGAGAUUAACCAAAGAUUGCCUUCUUUAGAGGCUGCAGUCCGCCCCAUUCGUGCAGACAAAGAUGCCCUUGCUGCUGUCGGAGGCCACAUUAACCGUGCUGUUGGUCCUGCUGCUGCAGUUCUUAAGGUUUUUGAUGCGGUUCAUGGGUUAGAAAAAUCACUGUUAUCAGAUCCAAAGAAUGAUCUUUCUGGAUAUCUGUCUGUAUUGAAGCGUCUCGAAGAGGCAUUGAGGUUUUUGGGGGACAAUUGUGGAUUGGCAAUUCAGUGGCUGGAGGAUAUAGUUGAGUAUUUGGAGGAUAAUACUGUAGCAGAUGAGCGGUACCUUUCGAAUUUGAAGAAGUCAUUGAAGAGUCUUAGGGAGUUGCAAAAUGAAGAUAAAAAAGCCAGCCUUGAUGGUGGACUUCUAGAUGCUGCAUUAGAUAAAUUAGAAGGUGAGUUCAGACGUCUUUUGACAGAACAUAGUGUGCCGCUCCCUAUGUCAUCACCUCCGUCACUGGGUCAACAGGCAGUGAUUGCACCGUCACCAUUACCUGUGAGUGUAAUUCAGAAGCUGCAAGCUAUUCUUGGGCGGUUGAUUGCGAAUAAUAGGCUUGAAAAGUGCAUAUCAAUUUAUGUUGAAGUUCGUGGUUCAAAUGUUAGAGCUAGUCUGCAGGCGCUUGAUUUGGAUUAUCUUGAGAUCUCUAUAGCUGAAUUCAAUGAUGUGCAGAGCAUAGAGGUCUAUAUUGCUAAGUGGGGCAAGCAUUUGGAGUUUGCAGUGAAGCACUUGUUUGAAGCGGAGUACAAGCUUUGUAAUGAUGUUUUUGAAAGGAUUGGAUUGGAUGUGUGGAUGGGAUGCUUUGCAAAAAUAGCUGCUCAAGCAGGUAUUCUUGCAUUUCUUCAAUUUGGCAAAACUGUCACAGAAAGUAAGAAGGAUCCGAUCAAGCUUUUGAAGUUGUUGGAUAUUUUCACAUCUCUGAACAAGUUAAGGCUGGAUUUCAACAGGCUUUUUGGCGGUGCAGCCUGUAUGGAAAUCCAAAAUCUCACAAGGGAUCUCAUUAAGAGGGUGAUUGAUGGGGCAGCUGAGAUCUUCUGGGAACUACUACUUCAGGUGGAGUUGCAGAGGCAGAUCCCACCACCUCCUGAUGGUGGUGUCCCUAGACUAGUAAGCUUUAUUACUGAUUACUGUAAUAAGCUUAUUGGGGAUGACUAUAAGCCUAUUCUGACCCAGGUUCUGCUUAUUCAUCGGAGCUGGAAGCAUGAGAGGUUUCAGGAGAGGCUCCUCUUUACUGAGGUGCUGAACAUAAUUAAAGCCAUUGAGCUCAAUUUGGAGACAUGGACAAAAGCUUACGAGGAUGCUAUCCUAUCUAACCUUUUUGCGAUGAACAAUCAUUAUCAUUUGUACAAGCACUUAAAAGGAACAAAACUUGGAGAUCUCUUAGGGGAUUCUUGGUUAAGAGAACAUGAGCAAUACAAGGACUAUUAUGCCACAAUCUUCUUGAGAGAUAGCUGGGGAAAGCUUCCGGGACAUUUAAGUCGAGAAGGUCUUAUUCUUUUCUCAGGUGGUCGUGCCACUGCUCGUGAUCUUGUCAAGAAAAGGCUGAAAAAUUUUAAUGAAGCUUUUGAUGAAAUGUACAAGAAGCAGUCAAAUUGGGUUAUGCCAGAGAGAGAUCUCAGGGAGAAGACCUGCCAGUUGAUUGUGCAGGCAGUUGUGCCUGUUUAUCGAAGUUAUAUGCAGAACUAUGGGCCCUUGGUUGAGCAGGAUGGAAGCUCCAGCAAAUAUGCAAAAUACUCCGUGCAGACUUUGGAGCACAUGCUCGCUUCUUUGUUUCAACCUAGGCCAGGAAGAUAUGGAAGCUUCAAAGGCAGGCAGCUUAGUGAUAAAUUCAAUAAUGGGGUAGCAGAUCUUCGUCGGACAGCAUCUGCGGUUGUGUGAUUGUCCAGUUAUCAGUCUCUCAUGUUUAGCCUGAAAGGCAACCAUACUCGAGCAUCCACUCCAUUGCUACAUAGUCAAUUCUUGUUCUGUACAUAUUUAUAUAUUUAUGGGCGUGGAACUGUUUAAUGGCAUCUUUCUUUCAGAGAAGGAACUUUCUUUUCCUCGUGACUCUUGUCAGACCAAUGGCUGAGGUUUUCUUGCUGCUAAGAAUUUUCAUAAGCUAAUUAAGUGCAACAUAAACAAUCUCUAAUGCCUUGGGGAUUCUGCGAACCGAUGAGUUCUGAGCUCUAGACGUUAUGGUGAAGGCUUACAUGGGCUUGGCAAAAACCGUAGAUAAUACUUGAAGGUAUAGCUUAUCAUUUUACUUUCAUUUUUACUCAUUGAUUUAGUUAGUAGAAGUUGGUUGUAAAAACCUUGUAUGCUAGAUGUCAUGUAUAAUUCUUUGAGAUGAAGAGUAAUUAGAGGUCUAGCCAGGAUGAAAUUGUUUACUGCUCAGAAUUCUGAAAUGGUCACAAGUAUAUGCUUAUGGAUGAUUGUCAGCCAUUGGUGCAAUUGUAUUACAAGAGCCUUGAAUGUAUUGAAAGGCAGAACCACUGUUGGCAAUAAAAUGUUUUCUAAUU